AUGAGUCUGGCAAGCAAAAGCGUUGCACCUGCGCUACGGGUGACAAUGCUUUUGUCCAGGAUCCCACUGAUAAGUCCACAAGAAUCCACUUUUGAGAAGCAGUAUCGACAGUACCAAGCGGAGUUGGAAAAAAGGCUGAUGUGGACUUUCCCUUCUUAUUACUACUUCAAAAAGGGUACAUUGUCUGAACACAAGUUUCUCAGUGCACAGAAAAAUCCCACAGUAAAACAGCCUGGUGUUUGGUAUCCGAAAGGUGCCCCAAAUCUGAAGCAUAAUAGAGAAAGAUCAAUGAAACAGGAAGUUACCUUACCUAGACAAGACUCCCAGGAUGACAGCGGUAUCAUGAGACCAAUUGUUUUGAAUCCUACUGAGACGGAAGAUGACAAGAAGGGGAUUCUAACCAGUUUAGAAAGGAAACUGAGAAACUCUCUCUAUCUGGUUGUCAAGGACAACGACAAAAACCCUUGGAGAUUUCCAACGUUUCCAACCCAAGAUGACAAGCCUCUCCAUCUUACUGCGGAAGAGGGCUUGAAACAAAUUGGUGGCGAGAGCAUUAAUAUUUGGUCUGUAUCAGCGAAACCGGUCGCUGUCAUAGAAGAUGCUGAGAAUAAGUUGUGUGAUUUUUUGGUAAAAUCGCACAUUGUAGCUGGACAGUUUAGCUCAACACCCAGUACUGAGAUUGAGCACAAAUGGCUCACAAAAGAUGAGCUCAAGACACUUUUCGAAGAAAGUUAUUAUUCGAAGAUUGAAUUCUUAUUGAACUAA